AUGUCAAACGUCGGUCCAUGUUUUCGGGAGUUUAUCAAGGCUAUUGAAUUUGCAGAAUUAGCUCUGCUGGACGAUACUGUGACACUCAUCAGUCUCACCUUGGCUGAGCAAAGCAACAAGCCGCUCCCGAUUCGGAAUGUCCCGAGUAACGAUCAGACGGAGGCAAACCAUUAUUUCUCAGUUGCCCAUCAAGUGUUCUUCCAGAUUGAAGAAGAUCCAAGGAGAACCAUAUACCCGAUUCUAGACCAAGCUCAGGAUCUACCUACCUUCGAGGCUAGCCAUCUACAAGACGAGGAGGAUAUCGCCGCAACUGUCUCCACAGUCUACUUCAAGCAGAAGCAACUCGCGUAUAAGAAAAUCGACCGUCCUAUCUAUGAACCGGGAGACACGGAACAUAUCUUGAACGAGAUAACCGCCCUCGAACAAUUUCGCGGACGCUCGAACGUCGCACAACUCAUCGGGCUGGUUAUAUCCGAUAAUCCGUACAAGACCCGUCCAGCAACAACCUCGUCGCCGGUCAUCACAGGUUUUCUCCUUGAAUACUAUCCCGGAGGAUCUCUGGAGCAAGUCCUUGCUGAGACUCAGGAUCAAGAUGAUUCGCUACUGAGACGAUGGGCACUACAGAUUGGGAGAGCAUUGCAGACAUUGCAUGUACAGCGACGGACCCAUCUUGACAUUAAACCCUCGAAUAUCGUGUUCGACGCCAACCAAAAUGCGAUUCUGAUCGACAUCAGUGGAACUAGUGGGUAUGGAUGGGAAUGGCUCGCGCCAGAGAUGCAACAGAUCAUUGAGCGGGACGCUGAAACGGCUCCAGCUAGCACGGCAUUUGACAAACGCGUCGCUACGGACUGCUGGGCUUACGGAAAGAUACUUUCGACUAUGGCCACGAGACUCGGCACCAAUGGUUUAGGUAAAAGGAUAAAGUCUAUCAGCGAUGCCCUGACAACGACAGAUCCAAAAGCUCGCGUUUCAUCAAGCCACGCUCUCGAUAUGCUAAGGGUUUAA